UUUUGUUUUGGCCGGAGAGGCUUACCCGGGGUUGCCUUGGCUGAGAGAAAUAAAGGAGAAGGAUUCACGGAUUAAGAUAAAUUCCUCAUUUUCAUUACAGGCUUGGAGGUGGAGGAUCUCAGUGUUGGUGCCCCGAGCUUGGGAGUUAGGCGGGUCGGAGCCAGUCCUGCCCCACUUUGUGCCCACCGGUGUUGGGGAUGGUAGGGCUGCAAAAGUGAGCACGCACUCGUCUAAGAGCUUCCUCCUUUCUUCUCUUUCCCCCCUUUUUCCUCUCUCCCUACAUCAGCUCCUCACUUUGACUUGUGCUUAUAUGAACGGGAGCCAGAAAACCUUGAGAGCUCCAAACUAAGCUUCGGCACGGACAUGGCACAGGAGAAAAUGGAACUAGGCUUGGAGGUGCUGCCGAGUUCAACCACCACAUAAGACAACACUCUGAGAAGAUCCAACAGCGUCCCUUUGAUCAGUGGGCUUGGUGGCAAUACACCGGUGUUCCAAUCUGACACAUUAAGAACUCGAAGAAACAGUACAUCGUGUAUGGCACAGCACUGUCUGUUUGUGCCACCUUCUCCCAUUCAGGCUUCCACCAGUCACCUUCAUCAAAUCAAACAGGAAGAAGCCAUGGAUUUAAUGAAUAGGGAAACAAUGCAUGAAUGGUGAAAUGACAUUUGAACAUCAGCCAAAGAGAUUUUUCCAAGACACAACCAACGUGCUUUCUUCUGAUACUACCCAGCUAUCUGAUAGGAAUGUAUUUAUGCGGGCCUCUCACUGUUGUGGCCUCCCCCGUUGCGGAGCACAGGUUCCGGACGCGCAGGCUCAGCGACCAUGGCUCACGGGCCCAGCUGCUCCGCGGCAUGUGGGAUCUUCCCGGACUGGGGCAUGAACCCGUGUCCCCUGCAUCGGCAGGCGGACUCUCAACCACUGCGCCACCAGCG